AUGCGGCUUAAGACUGGCUCUGAGAUAACAGGAUACAACGUAAGCAACACAUCGAACGCUCAGACUCGAAUCUUCAGCGUCCUUGGUCGGGAUGACUUGCUCGCUUGGGUCGUUCUUGCAUACCCGGCCGUCGCAAUGUGCAUCAUGCCGCUUUGUAGGCGCUUGUCUCUGCUGGCAGACUUGAAGCUGCAGUUUUACAUUCACAGUAUCGUGUUUGUUGUAGGCGUGGUUGUGUCUGGCACCGCUAAAGACAUGAAUGCCGUGAUCCUGGGGCGAGCAAUCAGCGGGGCGGGAGGAGCAGGACUCUACCACGGACUCCUCCUUUACGGCAUUAUAUAUGCUAGUCCGGAUAACACACUCAGCACAAAGGCUGUCAUAGAUAUCUGCUUUGUGCUUGGUCUAUUUCUCGGUCCGGUCAUUGCCGGUGCAUUCGCAGACAGCUAUACGGCCACGUGGCGGUGGGCCUUCUUCGUAAACAUACCGAUAGUGCUUGUCCUAUGGAUCGGGUACUACUUCUUCCUUCCCCCGUUGCACCUAAGACGCCAAACUGCAAGCGGAAUCGCAGGGAACCCCAGACAGCAGUCCUGGUUGGUAGAGACCGACUGGCUGGGUUGGAUUUUACAUUGCGGCUCAGCCAUGAUGCUUCAUGCAUGUCUAGUCUUCUCGGGUCAUCGCUGGACCUGGGGCUCAACUUCUGCCGACGUCGCUUGGGUGCUUACCGGCUUUCUCUUGGUUGCCUAUGCGACACAGCAGUUCCGCUGCAUCGGCACCACUCCUGCAUCUCGCAUAAUUGUUUUUGAAGCAAUCGGUAUUGAGCAUAUUCUGGCUUUUACCGUCACUAGCAUGGCCUCUGCCUCCUACACGGUCAACCUGCAAUACGCGCCGCUUGUGUUUUUACUUGCUCAAGGAUCCACCCUCGCCAAAGCUGCUGCAAAUCUUCUGCCGUACGUCGGGUCGUUGCUUUUCACGAGGAUACUCCACGAAACACUGUUCAAGAGAGCCAGGGUUGAUCCUGGUCUCAAUCUUCUCGGCGGCGGGCUUAUUCUCGUUGCAUCAGUCCUGCAAAUGUCUGCAGAUCCAUAUCGAUCUGCCGGCAUCGUCAUGGGCAUACUCGCCAUAUCUGGGGGAGGAGUAGGGCUAGUGUUCCGGCACACAGCCAUCCUGCUACAGGACCAGGAUCAGAAGAGUGUUGAGCGAGCAAACAGCUAUGCUACCCUAUUCGCCACGCUGCAUUUCGGCGCCAUCUCCCUUGCUACCUCAGUCUGCGCUUGCAUAUAUCAGAAUCUUGGCUUUAGAUACCUCAGCGACGCGAUGCUCAGUGGUGGGGAAGACGACAUCACAGGUGACGAAAUCUGGAGCAUGCUUGCGGGUUUCAGGCAUCCUAGCCUGGAAGGAAAUCUUUCUUUGGUGGAUCAAGUAGCCGAGGCGAUUACUAAGGCGAUUGCAGGAACGUUCUCCGUUGCAGUUGCAAAUGGGGCAAUCAUCAUGUUGAGUGUUUUUGCUGCGGGUUGGGCCAUCCGCCUUACUGGCCGAGCAAGAAUCAAAACCAAUUCUCGACCUGCCGUGGUCUAAAAAUCCAUGACGCUCGCUUCUUGAAAGCCUGGCCUGGCCUGGCCUGAGUUGGUCGUGGGUGUGUCAAAGUCGCUCGCCGCACAGGUCCCAGCACCAAACUGUAGAUUAUCGCCUCUUGCCAAGUUCAGUUCGCACUGACAUCGGCAUCAUUGUCGCAUAUUAUGGGUUGGAAUAAACGUAGCCUUCGGAUUUGUUUAGAAGACUAAACCCUAGCGCAAACUUGAGCUCCAGCAUACAAAGUAAACCCAUCCGUCUUGGUCCUUUGACAUUCAACCAGUGGCUGCAGGGGAACCUCAUAUAUCUCUAGCACCAAUUACAAUCCAAUGCCACCAUAUGUCCUGGCCUGUGUUCGUGAUGGCCAGCCUUUGGCUCAUGCUUGACAACCACGUCCCGAGUGGCUGUUAUGCUACCUGGGCAAGCUCGAACUUUUGGCUUUAUUUGCUGAAAGGGACUCGGAAGCUGCCGGAGCGCUGGUGAGCUAGCACAGAACACCACGGCUAUCCCUGUUCAACUAAAGACCAGAUAACAAGUGUAGAACUAGAAAUAAGAAAUGA